UGUGUCCUGCAAAGUUUUGGUCUUCCUGGAAUCUAUUAAAGUUUCUUUCCCAUUAGCUCUUUCACUUUUGCUACGCUCUCUAGACAAAGAAGGCACAUGAUAUCCAGAAAAGUCGCUGGGGAUAUUCUCCAAUAUUAGGAAACAAGCACUUGUGGAGAAAAGGCAUUUUGCUUUGAUUAGUCUAACCUCAUAUGUGCAUCCUUGAAAGUCUUCGUCUUCCUAGACUUCACAAUUUGCUCUCUCCAUUAGCUCACUAUCACUUUGCUUCCCCAUAACCCUUGUUGUUCUCCAUAAACUACAGUGACUGAUUCACCAUGGCCAUUGGAGAGAUCUUUUUGGGUUCCUUCUUUCAGGUCCUGUUCGACAAGUUGGCUUCGAUGGGAGUGGACUAUGUGCAACAGGAAGGAAUCAGCAUCACUCUGCUCCAUAAGUGUAAGGGGAUGCUGGAAAUAAUCAAUGCAGUGCUUGAUGAUGCAGAGGACAAGCAACUCAACGGUGAACGUCUAGCGAAGCUAUGGCUGGACGAUGUUAGGGACUUGGCCUAUGACAUGGAAGACUUGCUCGAUGAGGUCGAGAUCGAAGCCACUCAGGCCAAGUCGAAGGCAGAAUCUAGCACAAGCAGAGGUCAGGUGAAAAGGAAGUUCCCUUUCUUUAGCCGACCAUGCUCGCUCGUGUCUAAAACCAAGUUACAAGAGAUCACCGGCAAGUUUGAAGAGAUUCUCAAAAAGAAGGCUCUCCUAAGCUUGAAAGAGAAUGUUGUGGACAGAUCCCACUACACCAACAAAAGGCUCCCCAGCACUUCUCUGCCGGAGCCUCAGUUUUUCGGCAGGGAGAAGGAAGAAGCAGAGAUACUCAAACUACUGACCGUUGAAGCCAAAAAUGCCAAUAGCCCGCUUAGCAUAGUGUCCAUAGUUGGGAUGGGCGGUGUUGGAAAGACGGCCUUGGCUCAAUGGUUGUAUAAUGAUGCCAGAGUGAGUAGCUGUUUCGAGAGGAGAGCAUGGGUAUGUGUUUCAGAUGUUUUUGAUGUUCUCGACAUAACAAAGACUAUUUUGCGGUCAGUCACCGGAGAGCCCUGCGAAAACAAAGAUCUUAACGAGCUUCAAGUAAAGUUGAAGGACAAUCUAUCCAGAAAGAAGUUUCUGGUGGUCUUAGACAAUGUCUGGAAGGUGAAGUACGGAGAAUGGACUUCCCUCUUAAAGCCAUUUGAAGCAGGGGCCAAGGGAAGCAAGAUCAUCAUCACGACGCGCAACAAUCCUAUUGUUUCCAUAACAAGAGCUUCACCGUAUCCUUUGAAGGAGUUGUCCCUUGAUGACUGUACAAGCUUAUUAGCCCAUCAUGCUCUAGGAGCAAGAAAUUUUGAGAGGCACCGAGCUCUUGAAACAAUAGGCAAGAAAAUUGCUGAAAAAUGUAGAGGUUUACCUUUGGCAGUGAAGAUGUUAGGCGGUCUCCUACGUAAUAGAGAGAAUCCUGACGAAUGGGAAGCUAUCUUAAAUAACAAAAUAUGA